GCAGCGCCGGGGGCACAACUCGUCCCUAAAGGGGGGGAAAGCGGAGCCCGAGGCCGGGGGGUUUGUGUGCGUGGGGUUUUUUGUUUUGUUAUCCGUUAUUUUUUUCCUGGUUGGUGUUUCCAGAAGCUUCCUGCUCUCCCGUGAACUUUAGGAGCCGGGGCACGUCGCUGGGACGGGGUCCGUCCCCGUCCCCUCCCGGCGCUGCUCCCCGUGGACGCUGGAGCUGCCGCAGCGCCCAGGCAUGGCUGAGGGCUGGCUGAGCCUGCGGGCGGCCGAGGGGCAGCAGGGCAGCAUGGGGGACUCGAGCAACUUGGACGACAGCCUGACCAGCCUGCAGUGGCUGCAGGAGUUCUCCAUCAUCAACGCCAGCGUGGGCAAAUCCUCCUCGUGCCCCAGCGGCCCCGAUCCUCACGAUUGCCACCACAUCCCCGGCUUCGCCGCUCCAUGCUCACCCCUGGCUGCCGACCCGGCGUGUAUGGGGAUGCCCCACACCCCCGGCAAACCCACCUCCUCCUCCACCUCGAGGUCGGCACACCCGGGUUUGCACGCACAGCCACCCGAGGACAUCGACUACAAAACCAACCCGCACGUCAAGCCUCCCUACUCCUAUGCCACUCUUAUCUGCAUGGCGAUGGAAGCCAGCAAGAAGACCAAAAUCACCCUCUCUGCCAUCUACAAAUGGAUUACUGAUAACUUCUGCUACUUCCGACACGCCGACCCCACCUGGCAGAACUCCAUCCGACACAACCUUUCCUUGAACAAGUGCUUCAUCAAAGUGCCCCGUGAGAAGGACGAGCCGGGGAAAGGCGGCUUCUGGAAGAUCGACCCUCAGUACGCCGACCGGCUGAUGAACGGGGCUUUCAAGAAGCGGAGGAUGCCCCCGGUGCAGAUCCACCCAGCCUUCACCAACAGGGCCCAGCACCAAGCGUGCGGCGUCACCGGGCCGGCGCCUUCCAGCCGUGCCAACGGCAACGUCCUCAACGUCAACACGGAGUCCCAGCAGCUGCUGAAGGAGUUUGAAGAGGUCACCGGCGAGCAGAGCUGGGAUGGGAAGAGCGGCCGCAAGCGCAAGCAGCCCUUACCCAAACGCACAGCCAAGGCGGCCCGGCUGCUCAACACAGCCCUGCUCACCCAGGAGGAGCAGACCGAGCUGGGCUCCCUGAAGGGCAACUUCGACUGGGAGGUCGUCUUCGACACCAACCUCAAUGGAGAUUUUGCCACGUUUGAGGAGCUGGAGCUCACGCCGCCCAUCAGCCCCAUUGAGCGCGAGGUUGACCUGGCGGGCCAUGGAUAUCGCGACAAUCCGCAGGAGUGGUGCAUGGCCGGGUCCGAGCAGCCCCUCACCGAGCCCAACCCCAACAACCUGGACUUUGACGAGACCUUCAUGGCCACCUCCUUCCUGCAGCACCCCUGGGAUGAAGAUGGCAAUGAUUUCCUGUCCGGCUCCGUCAGCAUGGAGCAGCUCUUUGAGCUCGGUGACGCCUCGCUGCCUGCGGACGUCAAUGAGUGGAGCGCUGCGGGAGCCUUUCUAUAAGCAAAGGACCGAACCAAACCCACGGGGCUUUGAGAGGAUGCUCCCUUUGUGCUGCUGGAACUUGCAAUGGACAAUACUUGCUAUGGACAGUCUCCCCCAGCAGCUUGAUCAGCUUCGUGGUAGGGUUAUUCAUAGACAUACCAAUGGGGAGAACACAGUAACACAAAAAUUGCUUGAAAUAUCUUCAAAGGACACACCAGAAGUCUGAGGUCCACGAGUUUCCUCAAGAGAAGAGAUAGAACAGUACUUAUUUUUUUACUUUUUAAGAAACAAAAUGUAAAUUACCACUUUUCUUUGCAUGGAAAUGGACACGGCAUACAGUCCUCCUCUACAGAACCAACAGACAAGAUUCCUGGUGGCUUCGGACUCCGUAGACGACGUGCAAUCUUCUCUCUCCUUCUUCUCUCUGUUCUUCUCUCUCUUUCUGUCUGGGUUCAUUUGUAGGUGUAGCUAAUUAGUUAGCAGGCAAAUAGAGUCCCCUCUGGAUUCUCCGAGUUCAACCUCCCUCCUGACUUGUGCCUGGGGAAGAAGGAAAGAUCCGUAAAUUCAGUCUGCCUCUUUAGGUGUUUUUAUAUAAUCUAUUAUAUAUUAUAUAUUCAAAGAAACCUAUAUUUUUAGCAUUAGGACUUCUUUGCAGAGUGGGGUAGGGGAAAUGUAGGUUGGGGGUUGUUUUGUACUUUGGCUUCUGUUAGUUGUUCUGCAAACCAAGACCUGCACGGUGGCUUUGAUCAGCAUUGGGUCACCCAACUCUGUGUCAAUGUCAGCACCGUUCCUGCAGCCAAACCGUGCCGAAACUUGACCCAAAGCUCCUGGAUUCCUCUGCUCCUCUUCCCCAUGGGUGGUUUGGGUGAUGUAGCUGCUGUGUAGGAGUAAGGAAAAGCUGUAGUACCAGUGCUGUGUGUCUUAGACUCGCAGAAAAAAAAAGAAAUGGGAGAUUGUAAAGGUUUUCUUUUUUGGUUGCAGAAGCUCUUAGGAUUGUUGUUGUGAGUAACAUAGCAGGAGUGUAGCUGUAGCACUAGAGUCAAUAAACCAGCCUUAAAAAAUACAACGAGAAAUGGCCUUGGUUUAAUUUGCAAUGGGCAACGGGGGGGUCGGGCACCAAGGCUUCCAUACCCCACAGCUUCAGUGGGGCUGGGCCAGGAGCUGAAGCCCACACAGCCUUGGGGCUGGUGGAGAUGUAUGUACUUGUAUGGGUGAUGCUCCUUUUCAUCUGUUGUUUUUGUAUUUUCCUGGGUUGUGGCGAAUGAAUGCAAAGAUACAUGUGCAAUUAUAACCUUUUUC